GGGAUCCGCUUCCAGCUCACAGGGCUGAUUGAAGUUCUAUCGAUCGAUAGCAACGGUGACACACCAGUCGGUGCAAUGGAAAUAUACAUAGAUGCAUCGAUGAAAAUGAAGAUGACGUCACGUAUUGUACGCGGUAGAGUCAGCUUAGAGACUAUAAAAUUGACUUCGCGAAGUCCACAGGUGCUCGUUCAAGAAGAGCUGGACGACGCAGGUUUCCUUUCGCGCGAAAUCUUACAACGAAUUGUAAACGAUAUUCUCAAACAAGGAGUUCCCAUACCUCUGACACUGGGAGAUAGAGCAAUGUUAUUGGAGACAAACUUCCAGCUCAAUCAACGCCUCAUUCAGCAACUGACAGGAGAAAAAUUAGCUUAG